AUGAUAUGCCAUGUGAUCUGUGUGAUGACGCCACAUCCUGUCCCGCAUCUGGGAUUCCGGAAGUACCGGACGGCGUCUUCUCAUGUUCUACGGACUUAUGCCGACUGCCUGCACUUGUAUUGCUUACUGCCUUAGCUGAGAGGAAAUAACAUGAUACAAGCGAAAACACAAUGGACUCUUUGGCAGGUAAAGGGUGACAAGUAUGUGCUUAUACGCCACUGAGCUCUGAACAGUUACUGAGGAAGGGCUUGAGAAUAGAGAAGGCUGAGGCUUGGUCGCUGUCUGUGGUGCUGAAACUGUCACUAUAGAGCAGGAGCAGCAUCUGGAGACAACACAUAAACUGAGCAUCACUUCUACAGACCUCUCCUCUCCAGUGCACAGCGCUCUCCAAGCAUACAGGACGGACACCAGAAGGAAAUGGGUGCCUGGAUGUGACUGAAGUUUCCUGCUCUUACAUUACGUAUUUUCGAACCUCAACCCAAUCUUCACAAAGGAUCUUGUAGAGUAGAACCAUGGAUAAUUACACGCUAUCUCUAGAGGAGAUGAAUGAUACCAGGAUCAACCAGACUCUAAACAAUAUGCCUCAGAACGACCUAGAGGUCCAGGUGGUCACCAUCUUCCUUGUUCUUUUGAUCUGUGGAGUUGGCAUAGCCGGAAAUAUCAUGGUAGUAUUGGUGGUCCUAAGAACCAAACACAUGAUGACCCCAACAAACUGUUACCUGGUCAGCUUGGCCAUUGCUGAUCUCAUAGUUCUGCUUGCUGCAGGACUACCCAAUAUUUCAGAAGUGGUUGCCUCUUGGGUUUAUGGCUAUGUUGGCUGUCUGGUCAUUACCUAUCUACAGUAUCUUGGCAUCAACAUCUCAGCUUGUUCCAUCACCGCCUUCACCGUGGAGAGAUACAUAGCUAUCUGUCAUUCCAUAAAAGCUCAGUUUAUCUGCACUGUAUCCAGAGCCAAGAAGAUCAUAGCCUUUGUGUGGCUUUUUACAUCAAUGUACUGCGUCAUGUGGUUCUUUCUAGUGGACAUCACAGAGGUCAAGUUCGCAGAUGGGGUUCAAGUCAACUGUGGCUACAGGGUGUCCAGAAACUUGUAUACUCCCAUUUACUUUUUAGACUUUACUAUUUUCUAUGUGAUCCCGCUAGUUCUUGCUACAGUUCUUUAUGGCUUGAUUGCUCGAAUCUUGUUUAUGAACCCAUUACCAUCUAACCCUCAGGAUCUGAGCAGAAUGAGUUCUAAACACUACGGGAAGCCCUAUAAUUCCAUUAAACUUUCAUGUAAAGGCAACAAAAAUACAGUGAGUUCCAGAAAGCAAGUCACCAAGAUGUUGGCAGUGGUCGUGAUAUUGUUCGCUCUCCUCUGGAUGCCCUAUCGUACUCUAGUUGUGGUCAAUUCCUUCAUGGAUCCUCCCUACCUCAACGUUUGGUUCCUUCUCUUCUGCAGAUUGUGUAUCUACCUUAACAGCGCCAUUAACCCCAUCAUCUACAACCUGAUGUCACAAAAGUUUCGGGCGGCUUUCAAGAACCUGUGUAAAUGUGAACCAAAAAGGACAGAAAAGGCGGCCAAGUACAAUGUGCCCGUCUACUACAGCGUCAUGAAAGACAGUUCCCAUGACAGUCCUGAUCAUGACCUCACUGUCCAGGAGGACCUCAAUGGGUUCCCAUCUAAAAAGGUCAACUUUCCCGAGAAGUGUAUAGAUACCACCACGACCUACAGUGUUGCAUGAUUUCAUUGUACACUUGCGCGUACACUUUUAACAUUUAUUGAAAGCAGAGCUGUACAAGCUUAUAUCACUAAGUCACUUACACACAGUAGUAGUUGCCAUAUGUGGACAAUGGGCACAUUUCACAAAGCAAGCUCCAAAAGGUUAUUGAUGAUUAGUUAAUUAGCAUGAGUUCAGGGGCAUAGCUAGAGGAACCAGUGGCAUCUGGGCUCUGGUGCUUGAGGGGGCAGAGAGGUCCCCCUGUCACUUAAGAAGAUACCAGUAUUAUGAAUGGCACAUGGUAGGUGGUGAAUUUUUUUUUACCAAUUUGGAGUAGUGGCAGAGCAUGUGGUGCAUCCAUUCACAUGGAGAAAAAGAAGCCUCCAUUCUUGUAAUGAGUGGGGGUCCCUGUUGUUGGAAUAACCCCUUUAAGGUUGUCAUUUUGGUUAUAAUUAAACUUUGGGUUAGGGGUCAUAGUUAGGCUUUGGGUUAGGGUUAGAGUUAGGCUUAGUGAUAUGAUCAGGGUUAGGCUUAUGGUUAGGGUUAGGCAAAAGGCUAUGCUUAGAGUAAGGCUUAAAGGAGUACUCCAGGAUAAGAAAACUUAUCCCCUAUCCUAAGGAUAGGGGAUGAGUUUCAGAUUGCGGGGGGUCCGACCGCUGGCGUCCCCCGUGAUCUCCUGUAUGGGGCUCUCGGCUCUUUGCCGAAAUAGCUCAUUUCGACCACCGCAUGAUGCGGCGUCCGACACGCCCCCUCAAUACAUUUCUAUGGCAGAGGCAGAGGCUGCUGAUUGCAGCGCUCUGGCUCUCCCAUAGAGAUGUAUUGAGGGGUCAUGCGGUGGUCGGACACAGCCCUUGGCCGCUGACUGUCGGGGCCCCGUACGGGAGAUCGUGGUUGGCCCCAGCGGUCGGACCCCCUGCGAUCUGAAACUUAUCCCCUAUCCUUAGGAUAGGGGAUACGUUUUCUUAUCCCGGAGUACUCAUUUAAGUUUGCUAAAAAAACAAAUGUUUCUACUAAUUGGUUGCUUUCUCAUGUAUAAGACCCACAAUAUGGCUGCUCCCACUGUGUGUAGAUGAUACCUUCAUUGUACAUGAAAAAGACAUAUACUGUAAAUAUUAUAAUAUUUAAUCUGGAAUUGGUGUCAAACAUCCUACAAAAAACGUUUUAGUGUAUUUUUUAUUUACAGGACAACUAUUAUUGUAUUACUAUAUUCUAUAUAUCAUCACUAAUUUAUUCAACUCUUUUGUUGCUUAAUAGUGUUGCUCACGAAUAUUCGCAAUUCGAAUUUUAUUCGCGAAUAUCGCAUAUUCGCGAAUUUGCGAAUAUUCGCGAAUAUAGCGCUAUAUAUUCGUAAUUACGAAUAUUCGUUUUUUUUUUGUUUUUUUUUCACAGUACACAUCACAGUAAUCAUCCCUCUCUGCUUCCAGCUUAUGUGGUGUAAGAAGGCUCUAAUACUACUGUGUGAGACUGGUGUGCGAAUCUUCGCAUAUGCGAAAAUAUGCAUAUGUAAAUUUUCGCAUAUGCGGAUUUUCGCAUAUGCUAAUUUUUGUAUAAACAAAUUUUCGCAUAUGUUAAUUUUCGCAUGCACGAAUAUUCGCAUAUGCGAAAAUAAAACGAGACUAUUACGAAUAUGCGAAUAUUCGCGAAUAUGACGAAUAUUCGUCCAUAUAUUCGCGAAUAUUCGCGAAUUCGAAUAUGGCCUAUGCCGCUCAACACUAUUGCUUAAGUGUCCAGAUGUAGCAGGGCUAAGUCUGGUACUUUUCCUUUUCUUUAAUGGUCUAUUAUUUAUUUAUUAAUUGUAGGCCAUGAUACCUCUUUAUGAUAGUGUUUAGCUCACUGCAAUGAGUCUGCACUUAUUGCGCUUAAAGUUCUUCAUUCUACAUAAAUGAAAAGUGCCAAUAUUGGGGACCUUCUCUAUGAAAUCUAUAUGCCCUGAUGUAUCUAAUACAGACAACUCCUACACGAUAAUCUUCUUUGCAUAUGCAUAGUAUGCCAAUUAGCUCAUUUUCAGAAAGAAAACUUGACACCAACUUGAGGUAGCUUUCCACACUUCUCCCAUGGUUCCUCAUUAAAAGCCUCUGACUAGCCAGACAGCACCCUGCUCUGUACUUAUAAGGGGCAAGAACCCCAAAACAGCUGUCUGUAGAUGAGUGACUACUCAUUUUGGAGUAUUAUGUUCCAAUUCCAAUGCGUCCCUUUUUUGUGCACUUUAUAUUUACUAAAUUUCUCCCAAAUUAUUAUUCCUGUUUCCCCACUGUGCGCAUACAUAUAAGAGACUGAAAUGCAUUAUGGGUAUUCUAACUUGUCCUUAUUUGGACCUUUUCAUUAAGAUGACAGUGUAAAUAAUUUGUAAAUAAAGUUUUGAACUUGUAAAAAGGCUCUAUAAAUAUACUGAAACCAUGCUAUUCUGUUUGUAUAUGGAGUGACGUUUAUCAUGUGUGAAUCUAUCAUCUGCUAUGAUCUGUCUGACAUGUGGACGUUCAGCCACCCCCCCUGGGUAGAUUACCUUUUAUUGAGACCUGUCACAUGAUCAUUGCACCAGCUAUCUGUAUCUUUAUUGAUCCAUUACAUGGUAAAAUUGAUUAAAACUGUACAUUAUUUGGAUGGUAACAAAAGAUUUUCCAUAGGAAAGAUGGAUCUCACCAUUGCGAUAAAACUUUUUGGUUAUCAUUUCUUUAAGAACAGUCAGAAUUAUGACAGGAUUGUUGGUAAGGAUGGUAAGGAAGUGUUUUGUCUGUUGUGACUUAUUGAGGAAGAAGGAGCAAUUUGUUGCUAUAGGACACCUGCUAUUGUAUCUCUUGUUGCUAAGCAACAACAGACAGUUUAUAGGUUUUCGACAAAAAGUUUGUGUGUGAUGUUUUCUUUGCCUGGGAUCUAACUGCAUAGUAUAUAGUCUGUAUAAUGUCUACCCUGAGUGGUGACUAUUCUGGAUACUACGGUACAUAGUCUGGACAAUGUCUACCCUGAGUGGUGA